GAUACCAUAUUUUGUUUCUAUAAUCUGCCUUAACCUUUUAUCCCCCAAUGCUCAUUUAAAAUUUCUGUCAUAUAAUAUCUGAGAAGUGGAGCUUCCUUUUAUCCAACUUAAAAUUUAAGAGUUGGAGAGAAUCUCCAUGAGCUUGAUUUUAGCAUCGAUUGCAGGGUUUAUUACCUUUUUCCCUCAUUUUUGAUUGCAUAUGACUUCUAGUUGUAAAAUUUGCAUGUGAAAUAAUCUAGUAGUGAGUGUUUCGUAACGGGUUUAAGUGCCAAUUAAUUGUUUUUCCUCUCCAACGUUAUUGGGCAUCAUCUUCUCUUAUAACUUUUCCACAGCAUAUAAUGUUCCUUAAUGUUCCAGAGCUAGGUUAGAUCUAUGGUUUUAUGCUGUCUCAAUUUCCUUGGUCAUAUUUUCAUCAAAAUGUUGGAUGACUAGUCUAUUUGUCGUCUUCUUCUGUGAUGGUUAUUUCUUGUCACCAUCUAUGAUAUAAGAGAAAUCAAAUAAGCCUUUGACAUUUUCUAAAAAAAAGUGAACUCUUUAAUUCAUUAUAAUAGAUGCAUGACCCACCUCAAUUCUAAGUAGUAAUGUUUAUCCUUGCUUGUGGAGCUGCUUUGCUGGUCCAGUCAUCCUUUUCUUGGAUUUUCUUGUGAUUUGAAAUUCACUACUAGUCUGACUUGCCUAUGAUCUCUCUUUCAGGGCCUGUUAUGGUGUCUUGAGGUUUGUCAUGGAGAGUGGUGCCAAAGGUUGUGAGGUAAUUGUUAGCGGGAAGCUAAGGGCACAACGUGCUAAAUCCAUGAAGUUUAAGGAUGGUUACAUGAUUUCUUCUGGUCAGCCGGUCAAUGAGUAUAUCGACUCAGCAGUGAGGCAUGUUCUUCUUAGACAGGGUGUUCUCGGGAUCAAGGUCAAGAUCAUGCUGGAUUGGGAUCCAAAGGGGAAGCAGGGACCUGCAACACCUCUGCCAGAUUUGGUUACCAUUCACACGCCAAAGGAUGAGGAGGAGUGCAUCAGGCCACCACUAAUGGUGGCCCCGGAGUUGGAGGUUCCAGUUGCAGUCUGAUCCUUGCUUGGCCCCUUUUGUUCAUUUGGCUGGGGGGUUGUUCUUGUCCACUUGUUGAGUUGAUGCUCUUGAGAAGAGUUUCAGAAUCUUUUUUGGGUAGUUUUUCUAGUUUCCUUUGAAAGUAUCAUAGAGCAUGUUAUUAACUAAGAGCUUGUUUUGGGACAACAAUUUUUCAAUCUACUCUAUGCUAGUUGUCACCGAUGAAUCUCAUUGUGUUGUCAUUUUUUGAAGUUCAACUCUAUUCAUGGUCGAUUCUAUUUGGUUUUAAACCAUCAGAAAAUAGUUUCAGGGCUA